GGCUCUGGUCGAGCGGUGCGGUGCGACUGGGCACACGCGCCAUCGCGAUUUUCCGCCUCGCGAAACACAACGAACACUCGCGCUUACGUACAAAAUUAUUUUAGAAAAGUUUAACUAACAUAAAAAUAUUAAUGUACAAUAUUAUUUGCAUAAUAAUUUUAUAUAUCUAAGUGACUAUAAACUCAGUGUGCAUUAGUGAAUUAAACAGUGAUAAAUAUUUAAUUAAGUAUUUUCUAUUUUCGGAAGGACAUUUUUCUUCACUGCAAACAUUUUAAGAUAUCGCGCAAAGAAAAUUAUGUGGUUGGGCGCAACCCCGAAGAAGUAUUUCGUAACAAUAAAGCUACGUGAAGUAGUUACAUAUAAGUGUAGCUUCCGGUAGUCCACCGACCUUACACCUCAUCAUGGAAGAAAACAGGUUCACAGUUUCCUCUGUGGAGGCUGAAUCGAAGAAGAAUGGCAUACAUAUGGGUGCCAACAUAAUCACACGACCUCUGCGCUCCUCGGCCGAGACCGUCGAGCGAGGAGUGGCCGUGGUUGCUCCUAACUCCCAACCUGAUACCUGGCUACAUGACGCUGGCUGGAGAAGGAAGAGGUCAUUGGCCCAGCUGACAAGAGAAGCUUUACCUAGAUUGGAUAAUUACAGAAAUUCUAAGAGAGCCCUCAAAAGGCCGAGUUUGGGAGAGCUGCAUGGGGAUCACCUUAUUACAGAAGAGGACGAGAAAGUACAACAACAAACAAGAGAUACAAAGUCUCCCACACCUACAAUUGGCAUCAAGCUAGGAUGGAUUCAAGGGGUGCUGAUACCAUGUCUACUAAACAUUUGGGGUGUGAUGCUGUUCCUGCGUAUAUCGUGGGUGGUCUCACAAGCAGGCAUCGGACUGUCUCUGGUCAUCAUCGCCAUAUCUGCCUUCGUAUGCGUCAUCACCACGCUCUCUAUGAGCGCUAUAUGCACCAACGGAGAAGUAAAAGGAGGUGGUAUCUACUACAUCAUCUCAAGAUCAUUAGGACCAGAAUUCGGUGCCUCCGUGGGCAUCAUCUUUGCCUUCGCCAACGCAGUGGCUGCCAGUAUGAACACCAUCGGUUUCUGCGACUCCUUGAACGACCUGCUGAGGAGUUAUGACAAGAAGAUCAUAGACGGUGGACUUAAUGACGUCAGGAUUGUGGGAGCCGUGGCGUUAGUCGUCAUGUGUUUCAUUUGCGCUGUUGGUAUGGACUGGGAGAGCAAAGCUCAGAAUUUCCUGAUCGCUAUAAUCGUGGGAGCCAUGGUAGACUUCGUCGUUGGAACCAUAAUGGGUCCCAGUAAUGCACAAGAAGUAGCUAAUGGUUUCAUCGGGUUGAGCACUGCCACGUUUUCUGCGAACUUCAAGCAAGACUUCCGAUUUAGUGAAGGGCUGAACCAGGACUUCUUCAGCGUGUUUGCCAUCUUCUUCCCUUCGGUGACGGGCAUCCAGGCUGGUGCUAAUAUUUCCGGGGAUUUGAAGGACCCAGCGUCAGCGAUUCCCAAGGGUACAUUACUAGCCCUGCUGAUAUCCAUGGUGAGCUACGCGGCGAUGGUACUGUUCUCUGGUGGGAGUGCAUUGAGGGACGCCAGUGGAAACCUCACUGACUUGGUCUUCGAUAACGAUACCCUGGUUGACUACAGCGCUCUCUCGAAUUGUGUGGCCAACAAUACCUGCAAAUAUGGGCUGCAUAACAGCUAUUCGGUAAUGCAGCUAAUGUCAGCUUGGGGUCCCUUCAUCUACGGUGGCUGUUGGGCAGCAACUCUCUCCACAGCUCUGACCAACUUGCUGUCUGUGCCUCGCCUGAUCCAAGCGUUGGGCACGGACCGUAUCUAUCCUGGAUUGAUAUUCUUUUCCAAGCCAUACGGGAGACAUGGAGAACCGUACAGAGGCUAUGUGCUUACGUUCUUCGUUUCGCUGCUGUUUUUACUUAUUGCUGACCUAAACACCAUAGCGCCAUUGAUAUCGAACUUCUACCUCGCAUCGUACGCCCUCAUAAAUUUCUGCACCUUCCACGCGGCACUAGUGCGUCCGCUGGGAUGGCGACCUACAUUCAGGUACUACAACGUGUGGUUGUCACUGAUCGGGUUCCUAAGCUGCGUGGCAAUCAUGCUUCUCAUCAGCUGGGUGAUGUCUCUCGUCACAUUCGCCAUCUUCUUCACCUUGUACCUCAUCGUACACUAUAGGGAUCCUGAUGUGAACUGGGGCAGCAGUACUCAAGCCCAGAUCUACAAGACUGCUCUAUCAAGCGCCUACAACUUGGCGAAGACUGGAGAGCACGUCAAGAAUUACUGGCCUCAGAUACUGGUGCUAGCUGGUCGACCACAUACCAGGCCUGCAUUGGUAGAUUUGGGGAAUCUGAUAACUAAGGCUGGAUCGCUGAUGAUUGUUGGAGAUAUUUCACAGGAGAAAGUAUCAUACAAAGAACGUUCCACCCGCUCUCGUGCUGACGCCGAAUGGCUACGUCUGCGUAAAGUCCGCGCGUUCUGUUCCCGCGUGCACGGGUUCGGGUUCGAGGCGGGCGCGCGUGCGCUGGUGCAGGCGGCGGGGGUCGGCCGCCUCGCGCCUAAUGUGCUGCUCAUGGGGUAUAAAGCUGAUUGGACCACGGCGCCUGCUGAUGAUCUUGUGGCUUAUUUUAAUGUGUUGCACACGGCCUUCGAGAGCCGCCUCGCAGUAGCAAUACUCCGCGUACAAGGCGGGCUAGACUUUGGAGCCCUAAGCAACGAGCCCGCCGCCAGCAGCUCGCUGACGGGCACAUCGUCGGGCAGCGCCGACGAGCUGCGCGUCCGCCGCGCGCCGCUCAUGCUGCACGCCGACUCCGACCUCGACAUCCGAGCUGACGCGCCCAGGAACCAGCUCUCCAGUACGUUGCCCUUUGAUGACAGUAUUCUGACAUUGUCGACAUCGCGGUCGUUCACUAUUUCCGAGUGCAACAGCACAAGGGAACGGAAGAAGAAAGACAAGAAGAAUGAUAUGCAUCGACAGAUCGUUUAUAAUACUUCGACGGGAUUGGAGCUGUCUAAGGACCAACUGUCGCGGAUGACCAUAUUCCAAAGGAAACAGGAGGCAGGUACACUAGACGUGUGGUGGCUAUACGACGACGGAGGUCUGACGAUCUUGCUGCCGUACAUCAUCUCGCAGCGCUCCACGUGGGGCAACUGCAAGCUGAGGAUAUUCGCGCUCGCCAACAGGCUGCACGAAAUGGAACUUGAGGAGAGGAACAUGGCUAACUUGCUAGCGAAGUUCCGCAUCGACUACUCCUCGCUGACGAUGGUGCAGGACAUCACGGAGCCGCCGCAGCCGGAGACCACGGCUCUCUUCGAAGAAGUCACCAAGAAGUUCACUGACAAGUCUGCUAACCCAGAUUGUUGCAUCAGUGAGACGGAACUCCUGACGUUAUCGGAGAAGACGAAACGUCAACUGCGGCUGCGGGAGCUAUUGCUCGCCAACUCCAAGGACGCGAAGCUCAUCGUCAUGUCGCUGCCGAUGCCCAGGAAGGACUCAGUAUCAGCCCCACUAUACAUGUCCUGGCUGGAGAUGAUGAGUCGCGACAUGCCGCCGAUGAUGUUCGUGCGCGGCAACCACACCUCCGUGCUCACCUUCUACUCCUAGUUCUGUUGUAUCUACUUGAUUUCUAACCUUCUUCCCAAAAAGAGGUUCUCAAUUCGGAUGUCUGUUUGUUUUUUUAGUAACUUUUGUUUUAUGUAAGUCCUUGAUCAAUUUCACUAACGCAUCAGUAACGUGGUCAAAUAUAAAUUAAAAGUAUGGUUAUUGGCUACAUUUGGCUUAAUUUCAAAAUUUUAUGGUAGCAUGAUUUACUGUUUUUAUUGAUCGAGUGCUUAUAUAUGCGUUAAGAUUCUAAGCAGCUAACAAUUUCUGAGUACAUUGGUAUUUCAUACCUUUAUGUUAAUAACACAAGUGUACGACUUUACAAUGCAAGUAUUGAUAUCGAACCAAUAUCUGUUCGAUAUUUACAACUACUUUAGAGUACAACACCCACAUUGUUUGUAUUAAAUUAGACGAAGAUUAUGACAGAUACCUAUGUAUUGCGUUAGUUAAAUCAUCUUCAAUUUUAGGAACAGAGCUGUCAGUGACGUGUUGCUCUGUAUGCCGAAUUAAUUUUUAAAAAAAACAUAUGUAGGUAACUUUUUUAUAAGCCUUAGGAUUUUAAAAAUAAUACUUAAAAAGUGAGCCUAGAUUAAGCAAUUCACAAAGGAAAAUAGUUGUAAAUUGCAUAAAUUGUAAGUACAAUAUUAAAAAAUCAUAACAGCUUACUUAACUUAUAUCAUGAACAAUAAUGAUGUACUUAUUACAUUAAACAGCCCAGCAUUUUAUCAUUAACUUAAGGUAGUAAAUAAUAAGUACAAUUAUGUAGACUAAGUUUAGAUCAUAAGCUAGUUUAAAGGUUUUAACGAACCAAUAAAAUGAACAAAUAUUUUACCUAAGCACAAUAAAAGUAUUAUGUAAUUAUUAUUUAUACAAAUAA